UAAAAAUGAAGAUGUCAUGACACAAAUAUUGGCCUCAUUGGUGGGGUUUGACUCAAUUAUUGAGGCCACCAGGCUUUAACUAGGGACACAUUCCUUUGUUGAAACAUAGUGUGCUAGCGUCAUGGUGCCCGGAUAAUGUUCCUUAAAUUCAAUCCCCAACAUUGUUGGUUUCGUUUACUCCACAUAUCAAUAAUAUAAAAUAUUGUUGGUUUUUAACCACUUUAAGAAAAGAAAAUAUUUGAGUGACUUUUCCUGAGAAGCAGGUUAUAGCAUAUGACAAACACAUGCAGUUCAUUUGCAUGAGUACAGGCUGACACAACACACUUUUUCAUUAACCAAUACGAAUUUUGUUGAAAUAGAAUUCUGACUCAUGAUAAUGAUAAUGCAAAUCAUGGUUUGAUUUGAUUGUAAUGCGAAAUAAUGUUCUGCACUGUUCUCAAAAUUAUUAUUGGUUUGUUUGUGUACAUGGUUGAAUUAAUAGUGUUCUGUUCCAGCUUGAAUUAAUAGUGUUCUGUUCAGGAACCAGAAAAUGGUAGAAUGAGAUCUUGGAGCGGCGGAGCAAGCUUCCGAUACUGCGUAGAAGGGUGGACAUGCAAGAUUAGCACAUCAACCGUCAAAGUCAGUCAAUGAGUGAAAAGUAGUAUGAAAGUGGAAAUGAAUUGAAUACCUGAAAUGGCGUGAUCUGGUCUUUAUAUAGCAUGGGCGGUUAGAACCGUCCGCAAGUGAUCCGGCACCUUGUGCGGAUGGCCGUUCAAUUAUAUAUCAACGGUGAGAGAUGCGAUGGAAGAUGUGAUCGUGUGUCCUUGACAGAGAUGAGGGUUCACAUGUUCAGUGUGACUUCCCCUUCAACGCUUGUUAUUAGGCCUUCUUCGUGGACCUUGUGGACGGCCCGGAAGUAAUGUUCGAGUCUCUUACAACUUUUAUAACUCACAUUGCUUUCUGUGGCACGACGUGGAUCUUUCAGGAACAACAGCAGAUAUUAUCUCGGCAAAAUUCACUACAGCAGUUAAUGUUGUCCAUAAGAGAACAACAUUAUUAAAGCUUAAAACAUGGUACAAUCAAUAAGAGAACUGCUCGACGAAUAAGAGAGAUGCAAGAGAUCCACUCAUAAGUGUCUUAACAUCACACUUCUAUGACCUCAUUCCCAACUGUAGACUGGAAUAGUUAGAAGCACAUGGCAAGUGUCAGAAGUGGUUUUAGCUAAUAAUUACCACAGGCAUCACAAACAACGUUAAUAACAAAACAAAAUGAAGGGCUGCUUUUAGUAUCUUGAUGUUGAAGGCACUCAUGGAGUCACAAAGAAAAGGUCUUUGUGCCUUUUCCUUUUGUCCAUCAUAACCACCCAAUCCUAGAGACCUUUUUCUAUUCUCAUUUAUAACUACCAACCUAAUAUGCUAGAUAGAGAAACUUGGUUAACAAAUUAAGAUAAGAGCCAAAAUGAAGUUGUUUCAAUGGGUGCAUCGAAAACUUCAGCAGAAUAAUAUUGAUCCCUCCAAGGAUUUCACUCUUGCUCCAAUUUCAGGAAAUCCUUGUCUUACAGUGCAGCUAACGCUCGAGAGCCAAUACUCUCGAUCAAAGCCAAGCUUUAGUUCCAUUAACCUUCCUAGUUUCAUAACGCCGCACCAUCAGGAAAGUCAGACAUCUUGGUGUAAAGAAGAAGAAACAUCUGCAGUAAUCUCCGAGCUCUUUGAAGGCUUUCUGACAAUCGGAACACUUGGUGCAGAGGCAGUUACUAAUGAGCCAGCAACACCAACAUUUGCCACGUCUUUAGAAAACCUACCAAAGAAAGAUGCAGACGUGACAGAGACUGAACUGAAGCUCAUUAGUUACGAGCUUGAGAAAUUCCUUGAGGCUGAAGAAGAAAGUUUAUAUGAAUCAUCGGGAAGAUAUAGCCGUCUUAGCAACAUCACACUUAGCGAAAAGCAAACAGAUGGAUCCGAAGCUGAAGAUUGUGGAAACAAGGCUGUAUUUCCACUGCAGGAAUAUUUAUUGGGGUCAUCGUUUGGAAUACCGGAGAAAGUAGAAGUGAAGAAAGAGAGGGCAUCACUUGCUGAGCUAUUUCAAAGGACAAAGACAACAGAUGAAGACUGUAUAGAGACAAGAGUAAAAGAGACACAAGCCAAGCAUGCUCAUAAGUUUGCCAUGCAUAUUAUGAAAAAGAUGUUGAAAAUGGUCCACAGCUCUUCGAAAAGCUGUAAAACCGCAGGGAAUAUUGCUGAUUCUACUACAACCAAUACAAAGUUCAGUAAGGUUCUACGUAAGUUUCACAGAAAAGUCUAUCCUGAAGAUACCAUGAAUGCAAAAAGUGUUGCUAAAUCUCACAAAGGAAAGAUUAAAAAUAUUCCCUGUGAUAUUGGAGAAACCACAAACACAGAUCCUGGCAGAAGAUUUCAUUCUGGUGGCACGUCUAAAAAUGAGCAUUGGACUGGGAAAAAUGAGCAUUGGAUCAAAACAGAUACAGAGUAUUUGGUGCUGGAGCUGUAGCAACUUAUGCUGCAUGAAAGUGUUAAGAAAUUAAGCCUCUAUUCUGGACUUCUCAAGAUUAGUGUUUCACAGUGUGAUUGUGUUGUACAUGUACUUUUGAGUGGAAAUUGAUAAUGCAUUCAAUAAACUUGUGAUUUUCAUGAAAACUUCCAAAUAAGUAGACAUUCUGCAUCAAACUCAUUUGGAAGCUGGUUUCAUGUGAGCUCUUAAGCUAGUUCCAGCUAAACGUGUUAUGCAUGAACUUUUGGCAACACUUUUAAUGUACUUGUUGCAUAUGAAUCCUUAAAAGUCAUGUAUUUCAUGCAAGGUAAAUAUAUGCACUCUACAGUCAAAUUUGAGAGCUUAAUGUAUCAAUAUUGUGACUUUUGAAUGUGGUAGAAAAGCAUACAUCUACUAUCUACCCAUUACUAACCAAUUGACCAAUCUACCUAAUUUAUCUUUUCAUCAAAAUAAUUUUACACUACAAAAAGGACAAUUUUGUAA